AUGGAUCCUCCACGCCGAGCACCCCGCACCAUAAUCGACCCCGUCCCUAAAUUCCGUCAAGUCGGUUUCUUCGCUCCCGGAGCCCCACCCGACCGUUCUCUCUCGGGUCCACCCGACCCGUCUCACUCUUCUCACCCUAUCGCCGACACCUCCGCUUCUCUUUCACCUGUUAUGAUCCCUCCGCCGCGUCAUCUUUCUGAUAACCUAACGAUGCACGCUCGGUCCGCCGCGUUGCCUCGCCGUGCUGAGUCGAUUACUGUUGGUGGGAGUAACUCUGAUGCUCCGGUUUCGCCGGCGCCGUCGUCGUCGUAUUCGAGUAGGGUUGUUGUUGGUGGUGACAGAGGGUUUUUUGAUGGGAAGGGGAGUGAUGCUGGGAAGGUUGUGGCGUCUUCGUUUCCGAGAGGGGGGUUUGAUUUGACGGCGUUGAAGGGGAAUGGUGGUGGUGUUGUUCCAGCGAGUGGGUUGACUACUGUUUCUGUUGUGAAUGAUUCGCUUGGGAUUCCUGAAAAAGAAAAGGCAAACAAAGGAGGAGGGUCAGCUGGGGAAAUGAAAGACCAAUCUACUAAUUCAAAACAGGAGAAACCUAAACUCACAAAAGCAGAAAGACGUGCAAUUCAAGAAGCUCAACGAGCUGCAAAGGCUGCUGCAAAAGGUGAAGGAAAUAAGGCGUCUUCAACUGCUACAUCAGCGAAUGCAAAACCCGCUAAAGCAGUAAAGCCUGCACAGAAAGCUGAUAAUGCAUCAGUUGCAGCCACUGAGAAGAAGGGGAGUGAUUUUCCCCAUGAAAAGGAUAGAAAGAAAGAUGCUCCUCAACCACGCUUGCAGUAUGAUGACAAGAGCCGGGUGGAGAAAGCUAAACGUCGUUCUGUAGUGAAACACACCGAGGCUAGGAACAGAGUUGAGUUGUUCAGGCAUUUACCACAAUAUGAACAUGGGAGUCAGCUUCCAGAUCUUGAGGCAAAGUUUUUCGAUCUUGAGGCGUUGCAUCCUGCUGUUUAUAAGGUGGGUUUGCAGUACAUAUCUGGAGAUAUAUCUGGUGGCAAUGAUCGAUGUAUUGCAAUGCUCCAAGCAUUUCAAGAGGCCAUCAAAGAUUACAAGGUUCCACCUGAGAAGAGUCUCGGGAGAGAUUUGACAGCAAAAAUUGGUAGUUAUGUAUCGUUUCUUAAUGAGUGCCGACCUUUGUCAAUCAGUAUGGGAAAUGCAAUUAGAUUUCUCAAGAGUCAGAUAGCCAAGCUACCUUUAACCUUGUCUGAGUCAGAAGCAAAAACUUCUCUCCAGUCAGACAUUGAGCGUUUUAUAAGUGAGAAGAUCAUACUUGCCAACAAGGUGAUAGUCAAGCACGCUGUCACCAAAAUAAGAGAUGGGGAUGUUCUUCUGACAUACGGGUCAUCAUUGGCAGUUGAAAUGAUUCUUUUACAUGCACACGAAUUAGGAAAACAAUUUCGUGUUGUGAUAGUCGACUCUCGUCCAAAGCUUAGAGGCCAACAGUUACUCCGCAGGCUUGUGGAGAAAGGUGCUGAAUCAAUACUCUCUAACGGAACGGUAUAUUCAAGAGUGGGGACUGCAAGUGUUGCAAUGGUUGCUCAUGCAUCUCGGGUACCAGUCAUAGUAUGUUGUGAGGCCUAUAAAUUUCAUGAAAGGGUACAGCUGGAUUCAAUUUGCUCGAAUGAACUUGGUGAUCCAGAUGCCAUUUCAAAUGUUCAGGGUAGAGUGGAUGUCAACCACUUGGAUGGUUGGUCCGAUAUUGAAAAUCUGCAACUUCUAAAUCUGAUUUAUGAUGCAAUGCCUUCAGAUUACGUUUCAAUGAUAGUCACUGAUUAUGGCAUGGUCCCCCCCACAAGUGUACCUGUAAUUGUAAGAGAAUAUGGGAGAGAACAGGUCUGGAUAUAA